CGGGCUGGGUCUCCGGCUCUCUGCGGGGGAGCAGGGAGCGCGCCCGCCCACACCCACGGCCCCGACACUCGCGAGCGCACACCCCGGCGCGCGCGCGCCCGCACACCAGGGCGCACGCACAGCAAGCACACCGGGGCCACGGACCGGCUCUCAGCUCAAGCAAGUGGGGACGCAGCCGGAUUCCCCUCGAGAGCGCUCUCGGCCAUCCCGCCCUGCCCCGCCCCUCUCGAACUCGCUAGUCCCGGCGCCGCUCCGUGGGCUGCAAACUUUGCAGCGCGAAGCAGUCAAGGAAGCGCGCCGGCGCGGGCUCGGCUGGGCUCCACGCUACUCGGGACAGCCGUGAACGCUGGGCCAGCUGCGUGGGUAUUCUGCCCACAGAGCUGCUGCCAAGAGCCAAACCUGCUACCUAGAUUCUGGCCCGCCCGGGGUGUCCGAGUCCCACAGGGACUUUCCAGCCGCAGAAGAGGUGCGCAGCCGACACUGAGCUUUCCCUAUCUGUCCUCCUGGGCUCAGACCCUUCACCGCCAUCACUCAGCCAUGGCUCCAGGUCCUGGUCGGAUCAGCUUAGGGUCCCAGCUGCUGCCGAUGGUGCCACUGCUCCUGCUGCUGAGGGGUGCAGGCUGCGGCCACAAGAGCCCUUCAUGGUCCUCACUGCCUUCAGCAGCUGAUGGUCUGCAGCGGGACAAGGACCCCCAGCUGUCACCCGGGAACGCAGCAACAGCACUGGGCCCUGGUGCCCAGGACAUGGUCGCUGUCCACAUGCUCAGGCUCUAUGAGAAGUACAACCGAAGGGGCGCUAGACCAGGAGGAGGCAACACGGUCCGAAGCUUCCGUGCCCGACUGGAAGUGGUUGACCAGAAGCCUGUGUAUUUCUUCAACUUGACUUCCAUGCAGGACUCGGAAAUGAUCCUCACAGCGGCCUUCCACUUCUACUCAGAACCCCCACGAUGGCCCCGGGCACGUGAGGUACUCUGCAAACCCAGAGCCAAGAAUGCAUCCUGCCGCCUCCUUUCCCCGGGUCCGCCGGCACGCUUGCACCUCAUCUUCCGCAGUCUCUCGCAGAACACAGCUACUCAGGGGCUUCUCCGUGGGGCCAUGGCCCUGGCACCUCCACCGCGUGGUCUGUGGCAGGCCAAGGACAUCUCCUCAAUUGUCAAGGCUGCCCGAAGGGACGGAGAGCUGCUCCUCUCUGCCCAGCUGGAUUCUGGAGAGAAGAACCUCGGCGUCCCCAGACUCAGCCCCCACAUGCCCUAUAUCCUCGUCUAUGCCAAUGACCUGGCCAUCUCAGAGCCCAACAGUGUAGCUGUGACGCUGCAGCGAUAUGACCCCUUUCCAGCUGGAGACUUGGAGCCUGGGGCAGCCCGCAACAGCUCAGCAGACCCCCGUGUGCGCAGGGCUGCUCAGGUCUCUAAACCCCUGCAGGACAACGAACUGCCAGGGCUGGAUGAGAGACCAGCCCCUGCCCUGCACACCCAGCACUUCCACAAGCAUGAGUUUUGGUCCAGCCCUUUCCGGGCACUGAAACCCCGCCCUGGGCGCAAAGACCGCAAGAAGAAGGACCAGGAGACGGUUGCCGCCUCUUCACAGGUGCUGGACUUUGAUGAGAAGACCAUGCAGAAAGCCAGGAGGAGGCAGUGGGACGAGCCACGGGUCUGCUCCAGGAGGUACCUGAAGGUGGAUUUUGCAGACAUCGGGUGGAAUGAAUGGAUCAUUUCACCCAAAUCCUUUGACGCCUACUACUGUGCUGGGGCCUGCGAGUUCCCCAUGCCCAAGAUUGUCCGCCCAUCCAAUCAUGCCACUAUCCAGAGCAUCGUCAGAGCUGUGGGCAUUGUCCCUGGCGUCCCAGAGCCCUGUUGUGUUCCAGACAAGAUGAACUCCCUUGGAGUCCUUUUCCUGGAUGAGAACCGGAAUGUGGUUCUGAAGGUGUACCCCAAUAUGUCUGUAGAGACCUGUGCUUGUCGGUAAGAUGGCUUCGAGGUGGAAGACAGUCCUGCUUUAUCCCUGUCCUGCACAGUGGCAUUCUUGGAGCCAGGACUUGACUCGGGGUGCUAGACAGAACUUACAGGCAGCCCUGCCGGGACCUAGAAGAAUCUGUCCACCAUGCCCUCGUUCUUCCACUUUUUCCUUGCUCGUGGUAGCUCUGUAAAGACUUUUCGAGUUCCUGGAAGGAAUUUGGAAUUAACUGUGGUCUGUAAUUUGCCCAUAAACCCUACCCACAUUUUUCGAAGCCUGGACAUAGCAUGUAUCUCCCAUGUUGACUCCACACAUUCAUCAUCUCAAAGCCUGGAAAGAGUAUGCAAACCUUGGUGUACUCAUUCCUAUAGCAGUUUAAAACCCUCAGGCUGGAUACUAGACACAGGGCCUAAAUCAUGGCAUGAGUGGGUGUUUUCUCUUACAUUUCACUACACAGGCUUUUAUACAUGCAAUGUGCACAUGUAAUCAAGAUUGGUUUCUUCUUUUAAUAUAUGUACUUCUUAUUUUAAAACAAAAAAGAGUUGACCCCCAUCUCCCACAGAAGAGGUAAUAGUGCAGGUUAGGUGUGGGUUCUUUGAAAAUGCGUAUGGAGAUAACACAUACAGUAAUAUGUUGGAAUACUAAAAAAUAACCAAGAUUUUAUAUUUUUGUAAAUUAUACUUUGUAUACUGUAGAUUGUGAGUGUUCUGUGUUUUUAUGGAAAGCUAAUAAAUUAAAGGCACAGUGGUAUCUGGAAAAACUGAAUGCUACCCAUUCUAAAAACCGAUUGUUCCCCUAUCCAGUCUGUAAAUACCUACCUUGGGCUAGCAACAACAUGGGAUGUGGCUCCAGCAUACUACAGUUACCUUCCUAAAAUUUUCUCAUAUCCCUACCCUAGUUGAUUGGCAAGUGCCUGUGGCAGCUUUUGUCUUGAGGGACAGGAAUAGGUCUUUUAGUCAGGGGUUACAAAAACAGAAGGAGAUUUGACAUAAGCAGUUAGAGAAUAUCUCAGGAGGUCCACAGUUCAAGAGGAACUGGAAGGGCCAAAUUAUCUCCUUUGCAUGUUUGUAGAAUAUAUAGCUGUCUCCAGCAUCCCUGUCACAGAAACAACCCCAAAGGACUCUACCAUGACGUGAUCUUUCCCUUCCUCGCAGCAGUUCUGCUUGAAGCCUGGGGUUGGGCAAUUUUUAAAAAGCAUACAGCUCCAAUCUGAAGCAGAUGUACCACAAUCCCCAGCCAGGGCUUGGGGGGUGACGCUGGCCUGGAGCCUUACCACCAAGACUGUCCAGCUGCCAAGGCUUCUCUACGAGGGACAUGAGUUAGGGCUGCUGAGUUUAGCACUCCCGAAGCUGGUGUUCCUGGAAAUGGAGGUGAGAUGAGGAGGGAGACGUGGGACUGUGCACACCACUCGCAUCCAAACAGCACCUCCAUCUUGAGCUGUGGGGUGCUCUGCUGUCUGCAAGGUCCAUCAGCCAGUGCAACCUUGGGGAAGGGAGCUGGAUGAGCAGCGACUUCUGCUUCUGGGAUUCCCCUCCCCAGGUGGACUGCCAACUCCCAAUUCUACAACCCUCUGCUCAGGCAACUCCGAUGGCGGGUGAAGGUUGGGCAGCUAUGAAGAAGGCCGCAAUGACAGCAUUGUGGUCUGGGUGAAUUGCAAGAGCAUCUAGAAUGGGUGAGUAAGAGAGAUACAAUUGGACUCGAUGGAGUCUGCCAGCAUCCCCACAUCCCAUCCCAUCCUCACAUCCCAUCCUCUGAGGUGCUCCAGGCACCCUAGGACGUGUGCAUACACAGCUACCCCUGCUGGUUAGUCAGGUGAGGCAGAGCUGUGCCCACCAACACAUGCUACCUUAGUCCUUUAUCCCUGGAGGGAUGCACAGGAAGUCAAAUGAGUCCUUCCAAGCUGUUGUAGAUGAUGCGGCUGUCUCAAACUGACCUGCAGACUUGGUGCUCUGCUUGCCCUAUCAGAUGCUCUGGAAGCAUAGUAGAAUAUAAUUAUGGGAAUAGCAAAAUGAAUUAAAAUGCUGGGGAGUGAAAUUACUCCACCCUUUCUUCCAAAUAUUGGAUCCUGCUGUUGCCUUCCCCACUCAUUUUUUUCACAUUGAACUGUUCGCUCUCUUCUCAUACCUGUGACAGCUCCAUUUAGUUCCUUCUGGUACCCUUGCAUGCCCUCCACCCCGAAUUUGUCUCUAGAUUUCUGGGCCGAGUCAGGACAAGCUGAGACAAGCAGGCUGCACAGUACUCAGGAGGAUGUGUAUCCUCUGGGAGUGUCAUGAUGGCUUUGAGGUGUGGCAAACUGGACAUGUGAAUGAUGACAGCCCCACUCUGUGCUGGAAGAAGCUGAUGGCAUUGUUGACCCCUCUGUCUCAUAAAGCAGCCUCUUUUGCAGAUGUAGCAUCUCAGAGGACACCUCUCUCUUCCCUGAAGUUCUUGAGAGACAAACCACGUACACUUGUUCAGAGGAGCAAAAAUUUGUCCUUAUGAAAGCUGCAUGGGGUAGCCUGAGGCAGAACUGGAGUAGAUUACUCCCAGGUACGAGCAGAGCUGCCCUGAGAACCUGCUUCCAGUUGCCCCAUGAUAAGCACCGAGACACUGGACACUCCUGGCCUGUGACUAAGUCAGCACGCUGCUUAGAACUGAAGCUCUGGUUCGUAGAUCAAGCCACACUAGCACCUGAGAGCUGGCGAGAAAUACAAAGGCUCAGACCAGAAAGCUGUGUGAUCCUGGCCGGUGGUUCUGACGUGUGUGUAAACUGUACACUAGUUAUGCCUUUAUUUGCUGGUGGUCUUGUGCUUUUUGGCUCUCUCUUUCUCUCUCUCUCUCUCUCUCUCUCUCUCUCUCUCUCUCUCUCUCUCUGUGUGUGUGUGUGUGUGUGUGUGUGUGUGGUAUUAUGUUGCUAAGCAUUUUCUCUAAGCACUGUUCCUCAGAAUUAGUGGGAAAUGGAUAGAGGGUUCUCCUACAUAUAGCAAAAUCUGAGGAUGCUUGAAUCUCUUUUAUGAAAUGGCCUGGAGAGAUGGCUCAGCAGAUAAGAGCACUUGCUGCUUUUUCAGAGGACGUGAAUGCAGUUCCUAUCAUCCAUGUCUCAAUUGCUUAUAACUCCAGUUCCAAGGCAUCAGACACCCUCUUCUGCUCUCUUUGGGUGCCUGUAUUUACAUAAUUUAUACACACACGCACACACACACAUGCACACACAUAAAAAUAAAUCUUUCAAAAACCACAAAACAACAACACAGCAGUGCAGAAAUAAAACAAUGCAUGUCCUGGUUGAUAGAUAGAGCAAUUCUUCUGACCAACUCGUUAUUUUGUGUAUAUGAAUUAAAACACUCUGUUGCACUCCACAGAUAAUGUGCGGUUUCUAUGUGUCCAAUGAGAGUCCAAAUAUAUUUUAAAAUAAAAUAAAAUCA